AUGUAUUUCGAAAAUUUGGCAAAUGAAGUUAUAUUUGAUAUAUUCAAAUAUCUUGGUUUUAUUAAUUGUCAUCAUGCUUUUCAUAAUAUUAUGUCUCGUUUGAAUCGCCUUCUUGUCAAUCAGCAUUCAUAUAAUCUUGAUUUUCGAAACGUAUCCAAAUAUGCUUUUGAUAAUAUUUGUCAACAAUAUAUUCCAUUGAUUAGUCAUCAAAUCACUUCACUUCAUCUAUCGGACAAUGAAGAAACACCAAAUCUUCCAAAACUAUUUCUUCUUCAAAAUUUUUCAAUCAAUCAGUUCUUUCGUUUACAAUCCAUUUCAUUAUAUUCUAUUCAAUCAUUCGAUAUAUUACAUCAAAUAAUUACCCAUUGCAAUAAUCUUCUAUUCUUAACACAUUUGAAUUUAAUAAGAUGUAACUUUUAUUAUCCUGAUAAUGAACCACGAUGUUUAAUAGAUGAUAUAUGGCGUCUAUCAAAAUUAACUCAUUGUAGUCUACAUCAAAAUAUUUCGAGAAAAAUACAACUAACAAAUAUUUCUGUUCGAAAUUUAUCUAUGAAGUACUUGGUUUUAGAAAAUAUAACUUGUGAUAUGAAAAGUUUAUCUCAUCUAUUACAAUAUACACCUUGUCUUCAACGAAUUACACUUAAACUAAUAUAUGGUUUUCCUAAUCAACAAUUAUCUACUCCUUUCUUAUCAAUAACAUCAUUAAAACUCGUAUAUCAUGGUCAUAUAGAUAUACUAAUAAAUCUCUUUCAAAAUACACCAAAUUUAAUUUCUUUAACAUUAGAAACAUCUGAUAUAUAUUGUGAUGGAUAUCAAUGGAAGAAGAUUCUUAUGAAUUCUUUAUACAAUUGUAAAAUAUUUCGAUUAAAAAUGAAUUUACAUUUUCAUAAUUAUGAUAAUAUUAAUGAGCAAGUUGAUGAAUUACUUGAAACAUUUCGAACAUCAUUUUGGAUUGAAGAACACCAAUGGUUUGUUCGAUGUGAUUGGAAUCCAUCGAAUCUAUUUCAUCAUCUUACUCUCUAUACUUUACCAUAUACUUUCAAGGAUUGUUUUAAUUUUGAUGCAAUCUCAUCGAAAUCGACUUGUCCUAAUGAUAUAGAUUAUUGUUCUUAUGAUCAUGUACCAAUAUUGUCUUAUAUAAAUUCAGAAACAGAUUUAACAAAUAAUUUAUCUCUAUUCUCUGUUCAUUUUCCAAAUAUACAUCAUUUAAACAUUCACUUUCCAUUUCAUGAUAAUUUCUGGUCAUAUCUGUCAUCCUUGAAACGAUUAACAUCGAUCGAAGUAAGGUUAUUACAUACAGAUAUUGCUUAUUUUCAAUUACAAAAAUUAUUAAAUCAAGCAUGUCAUCUCUAUUCUCUAACAAUACAUUAUUCAAAAAAUGUAUCAAUGAUAUUAUUUACACUAACUAGUUCAUCAAUUCGUCGACUUGAUUUUAUAGCAGAGAGUAUAUCAUGUCUUCGAUAUUUUAAUCAUGAUGAAUGUGAUAUAUUAAAACAUUCUUCUCUUGCUCGCCAUUGUGAGAUUCUUAUUAUUGGCCUUGAAAAUCGUUUAAGUAUUGUUAAUCUUAUUAAAGCAAUGCCGACUCUUCGAUCAUUAAUAUGUUACUGUAAAGAUGAUCAGUAUACUACUUGGAAUUCAUCAUCUGUUGAUGAUGAAUUGAUUGAAUGGUUACGAAUUCGUUUACCAUUAACAUAUGAGAUUAGCAGAAAUGAAAAACAAACACAUCUUCUUCGACUUUGGAUUGAUCAAAAAAAUAUUUAA